CUUUCCUUCUGCUACCGGGGGCUACUUUUCCCUCAGAAACUACGACUCCCAGAGUACCUUGCGGGCCUGUAGCGCGCGCAGGACGGCAUCUUUAGGACCCGGAUUGAAGCAAGAUGGCGGGCCCACGGAAUGAAAACCUGUGUGCCUAGAAACAGAUUUUAGAAGCGAUUUCCCCCCACAGUAUCUUUUUUCAAAUCACCUGAUGAGGAUCAUGGCAACAGUGGUAAAAUGGGUGACAUCAAACAGAACUAUCUGGAAACGUUUGUUUCCAAUCCAAAAUGGAGCUUUAUCUAGUGCUUGUCGUAAAUCUACAUACUCCUCUCUUCCAGAUGACUACAACUGCAAGGUAGAGCUCGCUUUGACAUCCGAUGGCAGGACAAUAGUGUGCUACCACCCUUCUGUGGACAUCCCGUACGAACAUACCAAGCCUAUCCCUCAACCAGAUAUUUUGCAUAAUAAUGAAGAAACACACGAACAAGUGCUGAAAGCCAAAUUAGGAAUAAAAAGCGACCAACUUGAGCAAGGACCCAUGAUAGAACAGCUCAGCAAGGUGUUCUUCACUACAAAGCACCGCUGGUACCCACACGGACAGUAUCACAGACGUCGUAAGAAACUGAAUCCUCCCAAAGACAGGUGACUGUUCUUGAUUUGCGGAGCAUCAAGGAGAGUUUGUGUCUUAUUUGUCAGCUGAGAAACGAAAAUGGUAUACUCAUUAAGAUGUCAUGUAGGAAAAUAAUAAAAAAUACCCUUUCAUAUGUUUAAA